CUUCGACAUAAAGAAAGCAGCAUAAGCUAACAUGUCCUCGUCUUCGCGUAAAGACAACAAGGAGCUCGAGUCUGAGCAGAAGAACAUCAAGCUCAAGCCCGAGGAGCUCAAGGACACCGACGCCGAGGAUGAGUUCAAAAGUGAAGGGGGCAAGUUCAAGAAGCAGCACAACCAGAGCGGCUCGGACCCGUCAUCGCAGAGCGCAGGCAUCGCCGGUGGAGCCAAGCCGACGAACGAGGACUUGGAAAAGGAGCAAAAGAGUACAAAGCUCAGGCCAGACGAGCUCAUGGACACGGAUGUCGAGGAAGAAUACAAGGGCGAAGGCGGCAAGUUCAAGAAGAACAAUGGCAAGUCGAAGCUCUGA